GAUCUGUCUGGUCUCGAAGUAGGAGGACCCUCAGACAAAGAACAGAUGCUGACGAGUACGCAGUGUGAAAAAUUAGCAGCGAGACGCAGUGUGAUUAUUCCUUGGUUAACGGGACUGGUGAACCAUUUGGCGUGCGAAAAGAGUCAGCUUUUUCAAGAUAAUAAUCAAGAAUUGUUGGAUUUCUUGAUUGAGCAGCAGAUGACCCUGGCAUUCGCAUUUUCUCAGAAAGAGAAAAUUCUGCUGGAUUUAUGAAGGAAGUUCACUUCUAGCUCAAUUCUGCUGGAGCUCACUUCUACUUCUAGGCUGUUGGAUGUUGCUUACAGGGUUAUUGUUCACUUCUACUUCUAGGCUGUUGGACGUUGUUUAUAGAAGAAGUCGACGUUGAUGUUGAAGAUUUGCAUUUUUAUCAGUCUCUACUUCACGGGGUCGCAAGGCAUCUUUCUAUAAUUCUAACUAAGAAAGAACCAUUUGUUCUUGCAGCUGUUCAUUUUCGUCAGUGAGCAGCGAUAAGGAUAAUGCAUAAAGCCCUUCAAGAUCUCUAGAACUGCGUCGUCGAUUGCAAUCCUCUAUUAUGCAUAAAGCUCUACUUCAUCAAGAUCUCAAAGACAGUUACUCGUCAUAUCCUCUCUAAUGAAGCAUGUGGACUUUACGGAACUCUUCGUCGUCGCCGAUAAGCUAGAAGAUGGGGACGAUAGCGAUGUGCGGGAGAAAGACGACCCGACGGAGUCGGAGGAAAAGCUACGAGAUGUUGAGGUCGAAGUUAACAAAAUAAUAGAGAACGAUGGCGAUGUGCGGGAACGAAAAGAGACACCUCCUCGGCUAGCAUCUUCCUCAUCAAAGGAGGCUCCGACGUCCGCUGUUCUCGAAGCAGUGACGCCUGAGGCAGCGCGCGAGAUGGUGUUGCUUUACAAAGCGUUCACUUUAGAGCGAAUUGACUGGCUUCUCGUGAGUGAGGAAGAGAAGCUGGAAAUGAAGCAGUUCGUUGUCGAUUUAAACUGGAAACGGCUUAAUGUUGACAUCAAUGGCCUCCUGCAGCCAAAGGAACUUCUACAAGGGGAGUUACGUUUUUGGGCGUUAGCUUGCACGC